AUGAAGUCCACCCUUGCUCUCACAUCCGUUCUCGCAACCCUGCUCCGGACUGCCGUCGCCGCUGAUGCCGUCCAAGGUACUGCAGAAGGUUUCGCCUCCGCUGUGACCGGUGGUGGCAGCGCCACUCCCGUCUACCCAGCUACAACGGACGAGCUGGUCUCUUAUCUUGGCGAUAGCCAAGCCCGUGUCAUUGUCCUCAAUAAGGAGUUUGAUUUUACUGGUACUGAGGGAAGUGCCACAGAAACCGGUUGCGCCCCUUGGGGCACUGGCAGCGCCUGCCAGCUCGCGAUCAACCAGAACAACUGGUGCAGCAACUACCAGUCGUCUGCGCCCUCGGCUAGCGUCACCUAUGACAAGGCUGGCGUGUCCGGUAUCAAGGUCGGAAACAACAAGUCCAUCAUUGGCUCCGGCUCCUCCGGUGUUAUCCGAGGAAAGGGCUUGAAGAUCUCUGGCGUGAAGAACGUCAUCGUCCAGAACAUCAAGAUUACCGAGCUCAACCCGAAGUACGUCUGGGGAGGCGAUGGAGUCACCAUCAACUCGGCUGAUCUAGUUUGGAUCGACCACGUUACCACCUCUCUGAUCGGUCGCCAGCACAUUGUCUUGGGCACAAGCGCGGACAACCGUGUCACCAUCUCCAACUCCAAGAUUGACGGCACUACAUCUUGGUCCCCCAACUGUGAUUCGUAUGCUUACUGGGGUGUUUACUUCGGUGGAUCUAGCGAUCAAGUUACCUUCAAGAACAACUACAUCUACCACACCUCGGGCCGAAGCCCCAAGGUAACCGGCAAGACUCUUCUCCACGCCGUCAACAACUACUUCAGCGACAUCAAGGGCCACGCCUUCGAGAUCGACUCCGGCACCCAGGUUCUCGCUGAGGGUAACUACUUCGAGGGUGUUGAUACCAUCGUUGAAGGCUCGAACGGCCAGCUUUUCGUCGCUGAUAGCAACGGCUCCGCCUGCUCCAGUGGUCUGGGUCGAUCUUGCCAGGCCAACGGUUACAGUAGCUCCGGCAAAUGGAGCGGAACUGACUCCAGCUUCCUCUCCAGCUUCUCUGGAUCUAAGGUUGCCUCUGCUAAGGCAUACAGCUCAGCUACUGGUCUGGCCAGCAGCGCUGGCAACACCAUUUGA